AUGAUAGGAAAUGCACUAGGCAGAUUUUUAUGGAGAGGUCAAGGUUGGCAGAUUGUUUUACUGAGGAAAGUCUUGAGUUUCAAAGGAAAAUUCUUGAGAAAUCGGGACUUGGUGAUAAAAGAGGCAGAAGCUGUAAUGUUUGGCGCCAUUGAUGAGCUUCUUGCAAAAACUUCUCUGAAGCCAAAGGACAUUGGGAUUUUGAUUGUGAAUUGCAGCCUGUUUAAUCCUACUCCUUCUUUAUCUGCUAUGGUUAUUAACCAUUACAAAUUGAGGGGAAACAUAAUUAGUUACAAUUUAGGUGGAAUGGGUUGUAGUGCUGGUUUGAUCUCAAUUGAUCUUGCUAAAAAUCUUCUACAGGUUCAUCCCAAUACUUAUGCUUUGGUAGUCAGUAUGGAGAAUAUUACCCUGAACUGGUAUUUUGGGAAUGAGAGGUCAAUGCUUGUUUCGAAUUGCCUGUUCCGAAUGGGAGGGGCUGCAAUUUUGCUAUCUAACAAAAGAUCGGACCGUUGGCGAUCCAAGUACAGAUUGGUGCAUACUGUGAGAACCAACAAAGGUGCUGAUGAUAAAUGCUUUUCUUGUGUUACACAAAUGGAGGAUUCCAAUGGGAAAGUUGGAGUCGCUCUGUCGAAGGAUUUGAUGGCGGUGGCUGGUGAUGCUUUGAAGACGAACAUUACGACCUUGGGUCCUCUCGUGCUUCCCAUGUCUGAGCAGUUGCUUUUCUUUGCUACCUUGGUUGCGAGAAAGCUGUUUAAAAGGAAGCUCAAGCCUUACAUCCCAGAUUUUAAAUUAGCUUUCGAGCAUUUUUGCAUUCAUGCUGGUGGAAGAGCUGUGUUGGAUGAAUUGGAAAAAAAUCUACAGCUAUCCGAUUGGCACAUGGAGCCAUCUAGAAUGACUCUAUAUCGAUUUGGCAACACCUCGAGCAGCUCUCUUUGGUAUGAAUUGGCAUAUUCUGAAGCCAAAGGGAGGAUUAAGAGGGGAGACAGGACCUGGCAAAUUGCCUUUGGAUCUGGGUUCAAGUGUAAUAGUGCAGUGUGGAAAGCUCUUAGGACCAUAAAUCCUGCAAAGGAGAAGAACCCGUGGAUUGAUGAAAUUGACCAAUUCCCCGUGGAGGUUCCAAAAGUCUCAACUAUCUAA